CGGGGCCGUAGCGGGCCGCGCGGAGCCUGCGGGCGGGGGGCGCCGCCGCCGCCGCCAUGUUCCGGUACCCGUCCCUGGAGGAGUGCCCGCUGGACGAGGAGGAGGACGGCUUCCAGGUGCUGGGCGAGGAGGAUGAGGACAUCGAUCAGUUCAACGAUGACACCUUUGGGGCCGGGGCUGUCGAUGAUGACUGGCAGGAGGCCCACGAGCGGUUGGCUGAGCUGGAGGAGAAACCCGUGGGCUCAGGGCAGCAGGCCCAACCCAGCAGUGAGGAUGCGGAGCUGCUGGGGGAACCUGAGGAUGCGCUGGCGGAGCGACUGACACGGCUGGUGAUCGAGAGCGAGCUGGAGGACCCUGCCAUCAUGAGAGCCGUGCACACCCGUGGGUCUGCUGCACAGAGCGUGACGCUCAACACCAGCAUCUGGGAUGGCCCCUCUGUGCUGCAGCGCAUCCGCACGCCACUGCUCACACAGGAGAUGCCAUCGUUGUCCGUGCUGGACUACGCUCUGCCCCAGAGACCCCCACAGGCUCGGGAGGAGGAGCGGGACCCCUCGGAACGGGCACUGCCACGCCGCUCAUCCUCCCCCAUCAUCGGGAGCCCCCCCGUGCGAGCAGUCCCCAUCGGCACCCCACCCAAGCAGGCCACCAUGCCCAAUUUUAACCAGCAGAUCCUGUGUCCAAAGCCUGUCCACAUCCGGGCUACCAUGCAGCAGCGCUACUCUGCUCCCUACGGCGAGAGGAUGUCCCCCAACCAGCUCUGCAACGUACCGAACUCUUCCUUGCUGGGCCACCCGUUCCCUACCAGUGUCUCUCCCGUUCUCACCCACCUGCAGCGGGCACAGCUGCUGGGAGGUGCACAGGCUGGCCGAAUUUCUCCUAGCCAGUUUGCUCGAGUCUCAGGCCUUGUUGGGAGCCCACUACCCUCCGUCAACCCCAAGCUGCUGCAGGGCAGAGUGGGGCAGAUGAUGGCUCCCACUGGUGGCUUUCGUGCCUUCUUCGGGGCUGGCCCCACUCCGCCCUCACAACCGCAGCCUCCGCCGGGCCCCAUGCCUCACCUGCAGGGCCUGAGGCCGCAGCCCUUCCGACUGGACACCACCCACCUGCACCCCCAGCACCGCCGGCUCCUGCACCAGCGGCAGCAGCAGAACAGAAACCAGCACCGUGGCCUCAACGGCUCGGUGGGGGACCGAGGGGGCCACCGGGGCAGCCACCAGGAGCAGGUGCGCAAGGACCCCUACGCCAACCUCAUGCUGCAGCGGGAGAAGGACUGGGUGUCUAAGAUCCAGAUGAUGCAGCUGCAGAGCACCGAUCCCUACUUGGACGACUACUACUAUCAGAACUACUUCCAGAAGCUGGAGAAGCUGUCAGCAGCUGAGGAAGAUGGUCCCAAGAAGGAGCGUACGAAGCUCAUCACCCCUCAGGUGGCAAAGCUGGAGCACACCUACAAGCCAGUGCAGUUUGAGGGCUCUCUUGGGAAGCUGACGGUCUCCAGUGUGAACAACCCUCGGAAGAUGAUCGAUGCAGUGGUGACCUCCCGUGGAGAGGAUGAUGAGACAAAGGAGAAGCAGGUCCGGGACAAGCGGCGCCAGACACUCGUCACCAUUGAGAAGACAUACAGCCUCCUCCUUGACGUGGAGGACUAUGAGAGGCGCUACCUCCUGAGCUUGGAGGACGAGCGGCCUGCCCUGGUGGGUGAGAGGCAGCAGAAGAUCUGCAACAUGUACGACAACCUGCGUGGGAAAACACCGGGGCAGGAGAGGCUGAGCGAUGACCACUUCAUGCAGAUCAUGUGCAUCCGGAAAGGAAAGCGCCUGGUGGCCCGUAUCCUCCCCUUCCUGUCCCCCGAGCAAGCGGCCGAGGUGCUGCUGGCAACCGCCCGCAACCUGCCCUUCCUCAUCAAGAAGGAUGCUCAGGAUGAGGUGCUGCCCUCCCUGCUGCGGCCCUUCUCACACGUCCUGUACCACCUCCCCCUGGGUACGCUCAGCAGCCUGGUGCAGCAGCUCACCAACCUACCUCAGAGCACCGCCGCGCCCCCCACCGCCAACCUGCACCUGGCCACCGUGCUCCAGAACAAGUUCGGGCUGUCGCUGCUGUACCUGGUUCUGAGCCGCGGGGAGGAGCUGCAGAGCACGGACGGCGGCACGAAGCUGAUGCAGGACAACCAGUGGACGGAGCUGAUGCUGCUGGCUGCCCGCGAGCUGCUCCGAGUCCCCCCCACCGCGCUGCCCAAACCGGUGCCGCCCCCCAGCAACGUGCUGGCCCUGUUCUCCCGUUACAUCGACCAGCAGAAGCUCAACGUGCUGCAGAACAAGCUGCAGUGAGCGCUGCGCUCUGCGGCCCCGCGCGCACCGGAUACGGCCGCAAACGGGGGCGGCUCCGGUGGCGGCUCCGGUGGCGGCUCCGGUGGCAGAGCGGCCCCUCCCGGUGCCCGGUUCCGGCCCCAGCGGUGCGGCGGCUCCCGGUGCGGGUGGUGCCGGCCGUGCCCGGUGCGGCCGUGGCCGUACCCGGUGUGUCGGUGCAUCCCACCCGCUGUUUGCACACCCCCCGCCCGCAGUGCAUUGGACACACAGUCACACAGCCCCGGCCCCCCCCGGAUGAUGAUAUCUAUUUUAUUGUACCGGAUUUUUGCUGUUCCUUUCGGUCCCUCCCGGCUCCGGAGCAGGACAAUAAAGUUUCUAACUCGCCAUUUUUAUACCAUGUAAAUAAAGACGAUUCUCUACGGC